UCAGGCCCAGCACAACAAGCCAGCCACCCUCCGGACGCCUACACCAGUCCCCAAAAAACUGCUCCUCUGUUUUGAAAACGUUAAAACCUUAGCCAUGAAGCCCCUCCCUUCCCUCCUCUUCCUAACCUUCCUCUCUUUCUAUCUCCGCCCAAUCGCAACCGUCAGUUUCCCCGACAACGACGCCAGCACCACCGCAACCAACGCCACCGAUUUCAUCCGUACGAGCUGCUCCACAACAUUAUACCCCGACCUCUGUUACACUUCCCUUUCUGGCUACGCCAACGCCAUCCAACAAGACCCAGCUCGUCUAGCUCGUACCGCCAUUGGUGUCAGCCUCUCUAAAGCCCGUCACAUGGCAGCUUAUGUUUCCAACCUCUCCCGCCAGGCUGACUACGGAGCCGACCCACGAGCCAGCGCCGCCUUACACGACUGCUUCUCCAACAUGGGUGAUGCCCUGGAUGAAAUCCGUGGCUCGUUGAAGCAAAUGCGGCAGCUCGUGGCUCCAGGGUCGGAGUCUUUCAGGUUCCAAAUGGGGAAUGUCCAGACCUGGAUGAGCGCUGCUUUGACGGACGAAGACACAUGUACAGACGGGUUCGAGGAUGUGGCGGAGGGACCAAUGAAAACCGACGUCUGCGAGAGGGCGGGGAAAGUGAAGAAGUUUACGAGCAAUGCUUUGGCGUUGGUUAAUAGUUAUGCGGAAAAGGGUACAAAUUAAUUAGUAAAUGAAAAAAUUGUAGUAUAAUUUCUGAUUAGCUGAUGUUAUUGUUCAAUGCUUUUUUUAUUUUGGACCUUUUUGUACAGUGUUUUUGAGAGGAGAGUCUGUUUUUGUUUUCUUUGUUUUUAUUUUUUCGUGUUUUUGGUGUGAGAUAGUUUGGAAUUUUUUUGAUUUUCUUUUCGUGACUGAGAGAAGAAAAAGCUGUAUCUUUCUGGAUUGUAACUGGAACCGGGUUUACUGAGUUAAACUCUGAGUUUACUUCAUCUUUCUUCCUGCGUCGACGGCCGGCGGGGGAGUCUGCGACUCCGCUGUUAUCUGUCUCUCAAGACAUUUUUUUACGAACUUUUUAAUAAAAUAAUCUAGUCGUCCUUUGUUUUUUCA